AUGUCCUCAGCAGUCAUUGUUCCAGGUAUGAAGCUGAUCCUUUACGACAAAGCUUUGACUGAAAUGGUGGGACGUGAGAUCCCUCCCAAUGAGCCGGUUCUGCUUCUGGAUGCCUGGGAUACUGUCAUCCUGGGCCCCGCUGAGGAGUUUGCGGAGAAGUUACAUGCCAGUAACAUCCUGGCGGAUGGGGCCGUGCUGUGUGGUGCUGAUCGCAUUUGUGCCCCAGAUUACAAGAUGGCACCCAAGAUGGAGCGCCAUUUUCCUGGCAUUCAAACUCCGUGGAAGUAUCCCAACUCAGGAUGUAUGGUUGGCACCGCUGCCGCCAUGAGGGCUUUCAUUCACGGCCUUGUUCACGGGACAGAUGGAGGCUCUUACACAGAUCAGGAUGACGAUCAGCUGAGAGUCCAGCAGUUCCUCCUUGCCUGGCAAGAGCAGGGGGUCCGUUACCCUUUUCAGCUAGACACGGAAUGCUACAUUUUUCAGAACAUGGGGGAGCCGGAAUGUGGCUGGGAGUUUGAGAAGGACCUGCCACAAGCUCCGCGCAUCCGAAAUCUCACCACUGGACACCGGCCUUUAGUCGCCCACGGAUGCGGUGGCCAUGGCCGAUGGUUCCUGUCAGACAUCUACAGGGAGUUAGAUCUGCUGGACUUUCUUGACAUCUCGCCAGAAAAACUGGAAGGCGUGGCUUAUGCAGGUCUGGUGCCCCCUGGCGAGGAGAUGAGGGAGGAGUAUUGGGUGGACCAACCACCAUGGGAAUUUCCUUUUCAGGCGUUUGAGGUUAUCCGCGGCGUGGCUAUCCGUGAGGAGCAGGAAAAGAUGCAACGCCUUUCGGAAGGAUCAUCCUGA